AUGGCACGAACUAUACUGAAUAGUGAGAAAGUUACCUUAUACUUCUGGGGAGAAACUGUCAACAUUAUUAUGAAUGUGAAGAAUGCUUUCCUAAAUGUAAUUCUACAAGAAAAGGUUUAUGUAGAACAACCCAAAGACAGGGAGGAUUUGGCACGUAUAUACGCAGCAUAAAUUGUUUCUGCUGUUUCUCAUCUUCAUACAAAUGGCAUAAUGCAUAGGGAUCUUAAACCUGAAAAUAUUCUUCUAGAUGCAGAUUGACGGGUGAUGUUAACUGAUUUUGGCCUGGCAAAGCAGUUUGAUGAAAAUACAAGGUCAAACUCUACGUGUGGAACAUUAGAAUACAUGUCUUCAGAAACUGUUCUCGCGAAAGGUCAUGAUAAGGCUACAGACUGGUGGAGUGUUGGAAUCCUGCUUUACGAAAUGCUCACUGGAAAGCUGCUGCAGAAAGAAACAAGCAAGCGCCUUGGGAAGGGACCAAAUGGCAGUGAGGAGAUAGAACACCAUAAGUGGUUCCAGUCAAUCAACUGGAAGAAAUUGGAGGCCCGUGAAAUCAGGCCUAGUGUUCUCCCUGAAGUGGCAGGUAAGCACUGUGUUGCCAACUUUGAGGAGCGCUGGACUAGCAUGCCAGUUCUGGAUUCUCCAGCAUCUAGCCCAAAAUCCUGUGACAAACCUUUUCAAGGGGCUCUCUUAUGUGAGACCAGCUACUUCUCUUCGGGGGAAUGUAUGAAGUUCGUUCGGCCUUGACAUUACAGGCUUACGAAUCUCGAAGAGUUAUCGUUCUGAAAAUGCUGUUGAAUUUGUUGAGAUGGCUGGAGAUUAUUAUUACAUCCUGUAAUGGUUAUCAGUUAAUGUAUAUGACUUUGCUUCUGGAGGAUAAAACUGUGAG